UUCGAACCCAUGGCGAGGGAGGGCAUAUGGUUACUGUGGUUACAGAGCACGAAGGUGGCUGUGCAGAUGCCUGUUCUAAAAAACAAAUGACGGUGAGCGAGGAGGGGGCCAGAGAACGCCAACACAAAGAAAGAGUCGGAGGCCCUGUAGGAGAAUGUUUCCAGCUCCUGUAACAGCGCCGUGGAUCCAGCCUGGCAGAAAUGUCAGCGUUCGGCCUGGUUCGUGUGAAACCAGCCUCAGGUUCGUUUUGCAGAGAGCGGACGCCGCGAAAGAAGUGGAUUAUGUCCAUCAGCGCGCAGAGAGCGUGCCUUUAGAGGACAAAGUGCAGAUGAAACAGUUCGGUGUCCAUCAGCCGCAGGAUGUUGGUGGACCCCAAACAGCUGCAGAUGUUCAGCCAUUGGAGGUGAUGAAAGAGAAGGUUCCCUGGAGCCCCAGCCUGGAUCAGCAGAACGCAGAACCCUUCCACGUAAAAGAGGAAGAGGAGGAACUCUGGAUCAGUCAGGGGGGAGAGUUUGGUUACGGGCCGGACGGAAAUGAACACAGCCGACUCCCCUUAACUGUUAUAGUAAAGGCUGAAGAUGAGGAAGAGGAACCUCAGACUUCACAGCUUCACAAGAGCCAAACCGACACCAGAGAGGCCGAGCGUCCGACCAGCAGCUCAUUCAAAUGGAUCAAAACAGAAACCGACGGAGAGGACUGGGGACGACUGGAACUGGUCAGGAAACCUUCAAGGCCAAAGACUGGUGGGGGCGUUGUUAACCCCGCUGAGACUGAAUUCAGUGAGGAUGACGUUGAUUGGCAGGAACCCUUGUCGGAGACUGACUCUGGUUGUAAAGGAAGGAGAGCAGCAGAGUCCGGAAUAGGCAGUGAUAAUGGAUGUAGUACUGUCAAAAAGCCAUUUAGCUGCUCAGAGUGUGGUAAACAGUUUCUAUACAGACAAUCUCUGAAGAGACACAUGAGACGCAACACAGAAAAUAGCUCCUCCACCUGUUCAGUAAAUCUGAAAUGUUCUGAAGUGAAGCAUAAUGCAGAUUCAAAGACCAAAGUCCACACAGGGAAGAAAAACUUCAGCUGCGAUAUGUGCGGCAAAACAUUCAGAGAUCAUUUCAGUCUGAAAUCUCACAUGAGAGUCCACUCUGAGGAAAAGCCCUUUGGCUGUGAGAUUUGUGCCAAGAGCUUUAAGCAUGAGCACAAUCUGAAGAUACACAUGAGAAUCCACACCGGAGAGAUGCCGUUUAGCUGCGAGGUUUGCGGUAAACGAUUUAAGCAUCAGCACAAUCUGAAGACGCACAUGAGAAUCCACACGGGGGAGAAACCGUUUGUGUGUGACAUCUGUGGCAAAAGAGCAAGACACCAGAAUAACCUGAAGACCCACAUGAUAGUCCACAGAGGGGAGCGGCCCUUCGGUUGUGAUCUGUGUGGUAAAAAGUUCAACCGUAAAACGAGUCUUAGGGCGCACAUGACGGUUCACACAGGCGAAAAACCGUUUGCUUGCGAGAUCUGUGGCAAAAGCUACAAACGCAAAACACACCUUAGGACUCACAUGACCGUCCACAACGAAGAAAAGCCUUUUGGCUGCGACGUCUGCGGCAAGAGGUUUAACCGUAAAACGCAUCUCGGGACGCACAUGGCGGUCCACACGGGCGAGAAGCCUUACAGCUGUGACUUCUGCGGUAAAAGAUUCACCCGGAAAACCCAUCUAGAUUCCCACAUUACGGUUCACACGGGAGAAAAACCCUUUGGCUGCGCCGUCUGUGGGCAGGAGUUCUCCCAGCAGGGGAGUUUAAACAGACACAUGACAUUACACUUAGGAUAAAAAGCACAUUUAGAAAUGGAGGAAAAACGUUGAGGUAAAACCUAAAAAAUUGUCACCUCUAUAAAAGGUGGCUUGUCGUAUGUACCUCUUUGUUUGGAUUGACUUUAAUUACUACAAGUAUAGGUGUUAUAACUUUAACUUUGCAAGAGGUGCAGCAACUAUGAGCUAUGAUUUUCUUAACAUUUUACCCUUGGUUGGUACUGAAACACUAAAUAAAUAUGCUUAUUGUUAAUGUUGCUCCUGUUUCAGUCAAAUUUCAGUCUUAACACGGGACCCAACUGUGUCGCUGUUUUUCUUUUCUUUUUUUCAUACAGUAACUCAUCUUUUGCAGCAUGGCAUGCAUAAUGAGUUGGGGUGUAAAAAUUGUCAGCUACCAAUAUAAAGUGAACAAUUUGAGGUAUUUGGUCCUAAAAAGCUCUUAAAUCAUGCCUAUGAAGCAAUACUUUGCAAAAAAUAACCACCAGCAUAUCUAGUCAUCAAAUCUGAAACUAAAACCAAAUAAUUGGUUGAAGAACCAGGAUUUAGCAUUUAAAGUCAGAACACUCUAAGAUUGAUAGUCGGCUGGAGCGUGGAGACAUUUCUUCUUUUUUUCUGGUGGACUUCAGUUUCUUACUAAGAAGUUUAUCCAUUGGUUUAGUUCAGCCGAUCAUGUCCAAGGAUUAUCCAGUUGUAAAAAUGACUGAGCCUAACACUCACUUGUAUUUGUAUCCAUGAGUUAUUAUUUUACAUACCUUGUAAUCACAAAGCAGAGAAUAUGACCAAGUGUGUUUAUGAAAAAAAUAUCAGACUAUGGAUGUCUAAAGCUUAUAAAUAAGUUGUAUUUGAUUUAAAUAAACUUUGUUUUUCUUAAAAGGUU